AUGGAGAUCCCGUGUGGUGAUUGGCUCGGGUUGCAGCCGGCUGUGGCCGCCAGUGACAGCCCAGGCAGGACGACGCCGGCGGCUGCCGUGGGUCCUGUGGAUCCUGUGCUUACCGCAUUUGGCCCCGGGCAAAACUGGUCGGGCAAGCCGAUCCCGACGGGUGCACGCGGGUUUCGCGGCCACGCUGGCCGGGCCAGACUUGGGGACCAACAUGGUUCGAUCCAGCAGGACCAGACGGGUCGAAUGAUCCCAGGAUCAUCCACCGCGGACGACGGGGGCGGACGUCCAGACUGGAUACAGUGGCGGGAACAGGGGGUGGCGGCCGGCCGCGGGGGGACGCCGACAGGGGGCGUGAGAGCCGUCUAG